AUGAGUUGGUUUGACGCUACAGGAUUAGCAAACAUUGCCAAAACUGCUUUAAAAGAAGCGCAAAAAACUAUUGAUAAGGCAUUGGACAUAAGAGAUGAGGAGGAAAUAACUGAUAACGUUAAACCGAAGUUAAGUAACAAAGGUGAAAAUUCUUUUGAAAAGAAAGAAUCUAAAGAUAAACAGGAAGUUAUUAAAUAUAACGAUAAUGAAAAAAAUGUUGAAUCGUUAAAGGCAAAUAAAAUGCCAACAAGUAAUUGGGGCUCUUUUUCUGGAUCAUUUUUUCAAAUUGAUAAUUCGAAAAAUUCAAAUGAUAAAUCAGUUUUGAUAUCUACUCAGCCUCAAAAAUUAUCACUUUUGCUUUCCAAUGAAAAUGAAAAAGUUGCACCAUUGGCAACGCCUGAAACUGAAUUAACACCUGGUGAUAAAAAUAGUCAAAAUGACAGUCCAAAAAAUUUAAUUUCUUUACCUUCCGAACUUCAAACAACAUCAGGAAGAAAAAAUUCAUCUAAUAGAAAUAGCUAUGUGUCAAACAGGUUAUCUGUACAUUCUAUUGAAAGCGAUGGGAAAAAAUCAUCUGAAAGUGUAGAAGUUCUUAGCUCAUUAAGCUGCACAACUUCUCCAGAUACAGAUUUACCAUCAAUUUCAGCAAGUAGUUCUUUAGGACUUCCAAUAAGUUCUAGCUGCACAGAUUCCGUAGAAGUAAUAGAAGGUACUGGGAGUGGCAGGACCACUCAGUCAUCAUCUACGAAUUCUCCUAAAGAUGACAAUUCGAUUAAUAAUAAUUUAAAAACGUUAAAAAUAAUUUCUAGUCCAACAAAUAGUGCGAAUGAUAUAUCUCCUGAAAGUUUCGAAGUUAUACCUGACCUACCUGAGUGCGAUGAUGAAUUAUCAAGAGCAGAUAGUUAUACGUCCGUAUCCGAAAGCACUGGUCCAACCGUACUCGAACCUUCUUAUCAAUUUUCUUAUCGUACCACGGAAUCUUUCAAUGACCUUUCGCAGGCUUCUUCGAAAUUUCGAUCGGGUGAUUCGACACCGGACGUAUUUAGUAAAUUACCAUUGACGACGAGGAAUUCUUGCGAUGUUUUAUCAGAAUCGAGUGAGAUUGUUAAAAAUUAUAAUGUAAGAAAGGAUUUAGAGGAAGGAGAUUCGGGUCUGCAGGGAAGCGAUAUUAUCGGGAUUACGGAUGAAAUUUGCGGUUCCACAUCGAGUUAUAGUGAUACGAGAACCAUCGUACCUAACGAGAGUAGUUGCGAUGAAAUUAAUUUAGAUAGUAGCAUGGAAGAUGGAGAAAACGUUUCCGGUUCGAAAUGCGAAACGAUAAAUUACAGGGCGGUGGAAAAAUUAGAAAAUGACGGAAAUCAAAAUAAUUCUUUUUACGUGAAAAAUUUACUUUCGGAAGCAAUGAAAGAAAUGUCGUCGACGACACGUGAAACAUCUCCGACGUUAUCAGAGAAAAGUCGAUCGGAUUUGGUUAAAGUUGGUUCCGAACAAACGAGUGGGCAAACAUCCGGAGACGAAUUGGAAACGACGACAUCGUCCGACAUAGAAAUUAUUUCGAGAUACAGUCCGAACGGUGAUAGCAGCAGCACAGCAUCACGUCACAGUCCGGCAAAAUUAUUACAUCAUCAUAAUUCGAAAUCGAAAUUAUCAUUGGUGGCGGUCGAUAUUUUAGGAAAAGCAACUCAUUCGAAAACGAAAGGUUUAAAAUUAAAAAUUUUUUUUUUUUUUAACGGAAAUUUCAUUAAGAAAAUGGCCGAAGACAACGACAGAAAAAUUUAUAAAAUUUUAAAUUUAAUUUUAGGACAUCAUAGAGAACCAUCGGAAGGUUCAAGUUUUUGUUCAGAAGAUAAUUUUUUCGAAGUUGAAAAACUUUCAAAGAAAGUUUUAGAACUGACGGAAAUAUUGGAAGCUCGAGAAUCUCGUCUCAACGAUCUUAGAAGAACAAAUUUAGAAAUACAAGAAAAAAAUAAAGAAUUGAAAAAAGAAAUGGAACAAGCUAAAAAAGAAGUUUCGUUAGGUAUGAAUUCGUUACAAUCGGAAUCGGAAAAAGACGAGUUGAUAAGAGAAUUGAAAGAAGAAGGAGAGAAAUUAUCGAAAAAAGAACUCAAACAAGCGAAUUUGAUAAAAACGUUGAGAGCACACGAAAAAUCACAACAAUCUAUUAUAGAUAGUAAUAAAAUACAAAUUCAAAAUUUGAUGAAAACGAUCGAAGAUCUCAAAAUGGAAUUAUCAGCGAGAAAAGAAUCGGAAAAAUCACUCGGGGAAAAAGUUAAACAAAUGAAUAAAAAAAUAACGAGACAAGAUGAAGAAAUAGGAAAUUUAUUAGGGCAAAUGGAAAAAGCUGUCGUCAAAGGAGAAGAAUAUAAAAUAACGCUCGAAGCAAAAGAAAACGAAUUAAUUAAAUGUAAAGAAUUAUUAGCGACGGAAGAUUAUAAAUUACAAAGUGCGAAAUCUGCUGCGGAUUACAAAACGAAAGAAUUAGAAAGACUGACGUCAUUUAAAGAAAAUGCCGAAAUUAAAUUGGAAAAUUUGAGCGAGCAAUUGAAAAAAGCAGAAGAAAUGCAUUCCGAACGCGAGAAACACUACAGGGAGGAGAAAAACGAACUCAUGAGAAGGUUGCAGGAAGCGGAAGAAAGAAACGAAGAAGUUGCACAAAGCGUAUCUAAAGCCACGAGACCCUUACUCAGGCAAAUGGAAGCACUUCAGGCAACCAUAACACACGAGAGGGAAACGUGGGAAAAACAGGAAAGGAAUUUAAUACAAAAAUUAGAGGAAGCGGAAAGUCGUUUAUCGUCCGUUACGUAUCACGAGAAAAGUUUCAAACAGGAAACGAUUGAACUCAAAUCGAAAUUGGAUAAUUUAGAAGAACGAAUUCGAAUAUCCGACGGGGAAUCCGCGAGAUGGAAAUAUCAAGUCGAAUCUCUGACGAAACAAUUGGAAGAUGUCAAAACCGAAUACGAAAGGGGAAAAUCGGUUUGGGAAAAGGAGGAGAAAAUUUUAAAGUUGGAAAUAAACAAUUUGAGAGGAAUUUUGAGGGACGUCGAACAGCAGUUGGCGAAUGAAAAAUCAAACGCGGAUUCGGAAAGGAAAAAAGUGACGCUUUUACAAGAACAAUUGAAAGAAAAAGAUUCGAAUUUUGUCAACAAAGAUUCGAACAGUCCAUCGAGAUCAUCGCCGACGUUGAGUUUCGGUAGAGCUUCCCUAUCCGAAAGCGUUACCAGUAAUAUUUGGCCUCAAUUUGUCGAAGAUGGUUUCGAAACUAGUUCCGUUUCCGGUAAAUAUUCGACGACAGUUUACGAUAAUUUAAGAUGUGGAAAUACGACGUCACUCAUUGAAAAUCUUCAAGCGCAACUCAAAAUGAGAGACGGUGAAAUUGCACAAAUGACGUGGGAAUCGCAAAGGAGAGACGCGGAAAGAUGUGCUCUCACGGCGGAAAUAUCAACGCUCACGUCGAAAUUAGAAGAACAAGAAAUGAAAAUCGUCCAAAUGGAAGAAAUGAAAAAAGAUUUGAGCGAACUUCAAACGAAAUACGAUGCACUCCUGGAAAUGUACGGGGAAAAAGUCGAAGAAGUCGAAGAAUUGAGGUUGGAUUUACAGGACGUCAAAGAAAUGUACAAAACACAAGUGAGAGACGUGGCCACAAAAAAAAUUUUUUCCUUUCGUUUUCGAACAAAAACAAACAAACAAAACAAACAAAACAAAAAUUUUUGUUUAUUGUUUUCAGAUCGAUCAGCUGUUGAAAAAAGAAAAUGA